AUGCAUCCCACCAUCCGCAAACUAAUCCUUUUCUCCUUCUUCAUCCUCACCGCAACGGCCUCCGCCUCAUCAGCUGAACGGACUCCCUUCAAAUGCCCAACCUACAUCGACACCGUCGUCCCUGCAGGCCAAGAUGGUUGGUACGGUAAACGCGAGCCCGGCGACCCCUUCCUAGACACGAUGCACAAAGUCCACGACACUCUAUUCAAAUGCUCCAGCAUCAAAAGUCUCAAACUGCGCGUCUCGAGCCUCGGAUGCUCGCAGCAUCCUGAAAGAUACAACUUCCCCCUCAAACACCCGUCCGGCUCGCAUUAUCCUUCCCAGCUGGAAGCGUUAGAUCUGGAGGGGUACGAAUUCAACGAGAUGCCGUGGCAGGAAGCGAGAAACAUCGGCCGCUACGGCAGCACGCUCGAUAGAUACCUCGACUGGGUGUACGAGGGAAAGGCAUGGAACUGGCUAAAGGGGUUGCGGUCGACUGAGGCCCAGAGGAACCUCACGAAUCUCGAUCUCUGGCUCGAGGCGAUGGACUUUUCGAAGAUUGAGAAGUUCGUUAUAACGCCAUCGCAUGAGACUGAGACGCCGAACAUAACCACGUUCGUUCCGCACCUCAAGUCCCUGAAGUCAUUCAAAACAUACGGCUCUUGGGCCAAGAACUUCAUCCUCGCCCUGCCAUCAAACUCACUCACACACCUGUCCUGGAUACGCAGCGGUCAGACCGGCGCAUCGAUCUUACCAAUCCUCCGUCAUCACGCCGAGUCCCUCACCAGCUUAGAGGUGCGCGAACCCGAGACGACCUAUCGACAGCGAAGAGUAAUGACCCCCGAUCAACUCUCCGCGCUAGCCUCCAUGUGCCCGAAUUUGAAGUCCUUGACGUUCGACAUCAACCAAAACGGCACCUGGGGGUGGGACCAUCUCAAAAUCCUCGCCACCGAGUUCCCCAACCUGGAGAACGCGACCAUCUUCUACGAGGAGGCCAGCGAGUGCCGCAGACAACUCGACCAAGCAAAACAGCAACUGACCAGGUUGCACGAAAUGAUGGUGAUGGAAGAUGGUUCGAACUGCAAAGGUGCCGAAUCCCUGGCGAACCCCCAUCUGAACGUCUCCAGUGUUCGCGAGCCUUUCGAGUUUCUGAUCAAGGCGAACACCGAGGCCGGGGGAAAGCUGAGGAAGGUUGUGUUUUACUCGGGCGGCUGGGAGAGGCCCUGGGACGGAGCCAUGCUUGUGUAUGAUGAUUGGAUGGAUGAGCACAGAUCUUGGGCUGUGUGCGAGGCUAUCGAGGGUGACGGCGGGCCUGUCGAGGGGUUUGACAAAAUUGACAAGGUCGAAGUUGGAGAUAAGCUCUUUGUGUGUCAGGACGAACGGGGGAAAAGGUACAGAGUCUUUUCAGCGACGAAAGAAGGCACGAGGGCGACGGUCUGGAGAAACAUGCGGCUGGACGAGAAGAAUAAGGAGCUUCUGAAGAGGGCUUCGAAUAUGGAGCUUUGA